AUUCGCAGGGAGCAUAAUGGGUGGAGGCGCCAACCUAUCAAGCUGUUGGACGCCGGAAGAGGACGGACCAAGAUGGCGGCGCCCGUGGAUGUCAGCAGGUGCCGCUCAUGUCGGCGAAUGGCGCAGUGUGGGGGCGCGUGCGGAGCCGCCUCCGCGCCUUCCCUGAACGCCUGGCAGCGUGCGGGGCCGAGGCCGCCGCGUACGGCCGCUGCGUGCAGGCCUCCACGGCCCCGGGCGGCCGCCUGAGCAAGGACCUGUGCGUGCGGGAGUUCGAAGCCCUGCGGAGCUGCGUUGCCGCCGCGGCCAGGAAGGCGCCACAGGGAGGCCGCUAGGAGGACCGGCCGCCGCGCGCACCGGCACGCGGGGAGCGCACCCGGGCACACGCCGGGCACGCCCCGAGGAGGUGCGCGUGGCCAGGCCCCUGCGUGUUGGACCCGGAUCGUCUUCCCAGCGGUGGGGGUGCCCGGGGCGAGGACCGCACGGCGCCCACCCCGGCCAUGGAGCCGGCGCCCUCUUGCUGUCGCUUCUCAGAUAAACGGUGUCCAAGA